AUGUCCGACCGAAAAAGACUACUCGAAGAGCUUAGAGUAAUAGAUUUACGCGCAGAAUUGGAAAAGCGCAACCUCGAUAAGACCGGUAUUCGUAGUGUGCUUCUUCAGCGCUUGUCUAAGCAUUUAGAAGAAGAGGGACAUGAUCCAACCACUUACAGAUUUGAGUUAAGCUCUUCAGAGAGUAAUACACCUUCGAAAAGAACAAGACGGACUGAAAGCUCGGUAGAACAGGAAUCUGAGAAUGCUCCAGCUAUGGAAGAUAUGAUUGUUCAAGAUACAGCGGGUGAUGAAGAAGAAACUGAGCAAGCUGUGGAAACGAACCAAAGCUCAAACCCAAACCAAGAAGACAAUAAGAAUUCAGAAGAAAAAAUGGAUGUCGAUGAGAAUGAAAAAGUUUGUAGAAAGAGAGAACUCAAAGAUGAUUCUGAUUCUACACAAGCUAAAAAACCGUGCAUUGAUAAGGAAUCCAAAAAUGAUGAUGAUCAUAAAACUGAAAAUAAUACUGAUGCUGAAGACAGCAUCAACUUAGACAUUGGUGAUGAUGAACUAUUGAAUGAAGAGACUGACAAUCCCGCAAAAAACAAAAAAGAUGACCCGGCCCAUGAGGAUGCGGUGGAGACAACGGGCGACGUGACUGCUGCGAACAACUCUACAGCUGCCACCGACUCCGUGCCGGCUGAAAACGAACAAGAAGUAAACAGCGAAGCCCCUGCCAUUAGCAAUGAGAGUGAAACAAAUGAAAAGGAUCAAAAAGAUGACAAAAACAAGGAAAAUGAAAGUGAAAAAAAGGAUAUUAAGAAAGAUGAUAGUAAAGAAGGUGGUGCCCGCAACCUUUGGGUUAGUGGCCUUUCUGGUGACACACGGGCCAAAGAUUUGAAACAGUUGUGCAGCAAACAUGGCAAGGUAAUUGGAGCUAAGGUGGUCACUAAUGCAAGAACACCCGGUUCACGUUGUUAUGGAUAUGUCACUAUGGCUAGUGCCCAGGAUGCAGAAAAUUGUAUCAAGAAUUUACACAGAACUGAACUCCAUGGCCGAAUGAUUUCUGUGGAGAAGGCAAAAUCAGAAUCGGAAUCAGCGUCGCGCAGACAGCUACCAGCUCGACCGGAGCGACGACCAAGCAAGGACCGCAAGGAUGAAGUUAAAGAAAAUCAGGAUAGUAAAGAAGGGGGAGAAAAAAGCGCGGAAAUAAAAAUUAAGAAGGAGGGCGAAGUGUCGGGUGCAGAAAGUACUAGAUCUCCCUCGCGCACUCGAGAAAAAUCUCAUCGUUCUGACAAGGACCGUACAAAGCGCAGUACACGCAGUCGCGAACGAAGGAGAUCGCCUAGAGAAGUUCUCUCGUUUUCAAAGAUUUGGAAAGAGCGCGAUGUGGCCAGAGCAAGAGAACGUUCGCGGGCGGCUCGCGAGGAAGAGCGGCGAAGACGCGCUGCAGAGGACUCUCUGAGGGAACGGGAAAGACGACAGCGACAAGAGAAACAUCGUCUUGCACUUGAGAGAGAAAAGUUACGCGCUGAAAGAGAGAAGAUUGAGCGGGAGAAGAAUGAACUUCUUCGUUUGGAGCGGGAAAGACAUAGGUUGGAACGUGAGAAGUUAGAAUUGGAAAGACUGGAAUUAAAGAGAGCGCAAUUACGUUUAGAGGAAGAGCGUCGCAAACGUGGAUACGAAAGUAGCGCAGCGUAUCGAAAACCGGCGUCUAGCCCGCCACCGGAGCCUGGCUAUGAUCGGGAUCAGAGGCACAAGCGACCACCCCCACCGCCUAUGACCAACAUCGUACGCUCCAAUAAACCUAAGCAUUUUGAAGCCCCCCCGCCGCCGCGUUUCGACAUGGCAUCGGGAUACGACCGCGGCGCUGACAAGAGGGACAGGGAACGUGAUUACAAACGGGACUAUCCUCGUCAUGUAUCAUCUGGAAGUAUGAAAUACCCUAGCAAUGGCAGUGCUAGUGACGACACCAGGCAACCUAUGCCACCUGGUACUCGACCUAAAGAACCAAGCCGCUCAUACGAUUCGCGGGAUAGCCGGUCAUAUCGUCCAUCCCCUCCAGGAAAACCAGAACCCCGCAACUGGAAUGCCUCAAAUCGUUACCCUGAAACUGCUCCCCCUGCUAAAGGCAGCGGCGGCAGCUCGCUGGAGGCGUGGGGGGCGGGCGAGGCGCGCUACGGCGGCAGCUACGAGGCGCGCUACGCGCACGCGCACGCGCCCGCCUACCAGCCGCCGCCGCCCGGCGCGCCCUACCCCGACCGCUACACGCCCGCCGCCCGCGACUUCGCGCGCAAGUACUAG